UGAACUGAAGAGCAAAACAAAACAGAGAGAAAGAGAGAGAGAUAGAAACUCUGGUCCCUGGCGAGAGUGAAAGAAACUGUCGGCAGUUUUUUUCCAAGCUUUUCUUCUUCUUUUUCUCUAGAACUCUCCGUCAACCGGAAAUCUGACGUCCCACAUUCAACAAAAUGUUUAACUCCCGCCAAUUUUUCAGCUCCUACAUUACUGUUCUUUUUGUGUUUUUCUCUCUUCUUCUUCUUCAAACUCAUUCUCUUAAACCUAUUACUGACGCACAUUGGCGUUCUGCCUCUGCUACCUGGUACGGCAGCCCUAUGGGCGACGGAAGUACCGGUGGGGCAUGCGGAUAUGGGUCAUUAGUAGAUGUGAAACCGUUUAGGACAAGAGUAGGAGCAGUGAGUGAUGUAUUAUUUAACAAUGGAGAAGGGUGUGGAGCAUGUUAUAAAGUGAAGUGUUUAGAUAAAAGUAUAUGUUCAAGAAGAGCUGUUACUGUAAUUAUAACAGAUGAAUGUCCGGGCUGUAGAGCUAAUCAUACCCAUUUCGAUUUAAGUGGUGCUGCUUUUAGUCGUAUGGCCAUUGCUGGUAAUAGUGCUCAGCUCAGGAACCGAGGUGAACUCACAGUCGUUUUCAGAAGGACUCCAUGCAAAUACAGAGGUAGGAACAUUGCAUUCCAUGUUAAUGAAGGAUCAACCCAGUUCUGGUUAUCCAUUCUAGUUGAAUACGAGGACGGGGAUGGUGAUAUCGGAUCGAUGCACAUAAAAACGGUAGACUCACCUAACUGGUUAAAGAUGAAACAUUUAUGGGGCGCAAAUUGGAUUAUAAACACAGGGGCAAAGUUGAACGGACCAUUUUCGCUGCAAUUAACAUCACUUUCUAGCAAAAGAACUCUCUCCGCUAGACAAGUCAUCCCUAGGAACUGGUCACCUAAAGCCACUUAUACCUCACGCCUUAACUUCUCUAAGAAAAUCAGAGGUUAACAACCAAAUUACCCAAGUAAUUGUCCCCUUCAUCUUCUACCACUAUUACUACGAAGUAAUUACAUACAUAUGAAGUACUGUCGUGUAGAUUUUACUAUAUAGAUGUGGAAAUUGGAAUGUUGGCGUGUGAGUCGUAUAGUUAACCCCCUAGCUUUUCAAGGUAUCAAAGCAAAAGCAACUACCAUCUUUAUAUUAGAGGAAGAAGUAGAGUUGUUUUUUGGUUUACUUUUUGUUUUGUUUUUUUGAGAAGAUAAAAGCGUAUAGCCGAUGGGUAAAGGCCCAAUAUCGGGUUUUCUUCUUCUUUUUGUUCAAGUUUUGUGUAUUUUGAUUUUUGAUGUUGUCAGAGUGUAAGUAAAAGUUUGUAGCCAUCUCCUGAAAGGAGAGAGAGCGGUGCUUACUAUUUGGGGUGUGGGUGUAUGGUCCCAUUCUAUGUUUGUGGUUUUGUUUGUAUUGAGUUUGAUUGAUGAAUGAAUGCACGUUCUGUUGGUAGUUUUCUAGAGAUAAUGCUUGUGUGGUAGGUAUGUGUGGAAUGUGAAGUAGGGUUUUUGUUUUUGUUGAUGCAAGUUAUGAUGUAGCCUCUCUCUUUUCUUGUCUUCAAUUGGAAAGGAGUAGUCAUUGUCCCUGUAACAACAAAGCCUUAUCAAUGAAGUUCAAUCUUUAUUUCC